AUGUCAUCAUGCGUCUCUAGCCAGCCCAGUGGCGACCGGGCCGUCCCCCAGGAUGAGCUGGGGGGUGGGGGUGGCAGCAGCAGCCAGAAGCCCUGUGAGGCGCUGCAGGGACUCUCAACCUUGAGCCUCCGCCUGGACAUGGAGUCCUUCAUUAUAGUCACUGAGUGUGAGCCGGGCCUUACUGCCGAUGACCGAGAGGCCCCCAGGCCCCAGCUCUCCAGUCGGAAGUUCUCUCUGCAGGAACGCCCCCAGGGUGGGCCAGCAACCAGCAGUGCCUCUGACACGAAUGGGCGUUGCAUCUACCCAUCCCUGCCCUACUCGCCUGCCGGGUCCCCGCAGUCUUCGCCAAGGCUGCCCCGCCGGCCCACGGUGGAGUCUCAUCAUGUCUCUAUCACGGGUAUACAGGACUGUGUGCAACUGAAUCAGUACACGCUCAAGGAUGAAAUUGGGAAGGGCUCCUAUGGUGUGGUCAAGUUGGCCUACAAUGAAAACGACAACACCUACUAUGCAAUGAAAUUGCUGUCCAAGAAGAAGUUGAUCCGCCAGGCAGGCUUCCCACGUCGUCCCCCGCCCCGAGGCACCCGGCUUGCCCCGGGGGGCUGCAUCCAGCCCAGGGGCCCCAUCGAGCAGGUGUACCAAGAAAUCGCCAUCCUCAAGAAGCUGGACCACCCCAACGUGGUGAAGCUGGUGGAGGUCCUGGAUGACCCCAACGAAGAUCAUCUGUACAUGGUGUUUGAACUGGUCAACCAAGGGCCUGUGAUGGAGGUGCCAACCCUCAAGCCUCUUUCUGAAGACCAGGCCCGGUUCUACUUCCAGGACCUGAUCAAGGGCAUUGAAUAUUUACACUACCAGAAGAUCAUCCACCGGGACAUCAAACCUUCCAACCUCCUGGUUGGAGAAGAUGGGCAUAUCAAGAUUGCUGACUUUGGCGUCAGCAAUGAGUUCAAGGGCAGUGACGCACUCCUCUCGAACACCGUGGGCACGCCUGCCUUCAUGGCGCCUGAGUCCCUCUCAGAGACCAGGAAGAUCUUUUCAGGAAAGGCGUUGGAUGUUUGGGCCAUGGGUGUGACGCUGUACUGCUUUGUCUUUGGCCAGUGCCCAUUCAUGGAUGAGCGGAUCAUGUGUUUACAUAGUAAGAUCAAGAGCCAGGCCCUGGAGUUUCCUGACCAGCCCGACAUAGCCGAGGACCUGAAGGAUCUGAUCGCCCGCAUGUUGGACAAGAACCCUGAGUCGAGGAUCCUGGUGCCGGAUAUCAAGCUGCACCCUUGGGUCACAAGGCACGGGGCAGAGCCGCUGCCGUCGGAGGAUGAGAACUGCACCUUGGUCGAGGUGACGGAAGAGGAGGUCGAGAACUCAGUGAAACACAUUCCCAGCCUGGCGACCGUGAUCCUGGUGAAGACCAUGAUUCGAAAACGUUCCUUUGGGAACCCAUUUGAGGGCAGCCGGCGGGAAGAGCGUUCCCUGUCAGCGCCUGGGAACCUGCUCAUCAAAAAACCCACCAGGGAAUGUGAGCCCCUCUCUGAGCCCAAGGAAGGUCGUCAGCGCAGACAGUCCUCAGGGCUCCUGGCCGCCCCCCGUAGGGGAGGAGGAGGUGCUCCUGUGAAGGCUGGGUCCCCUGCCGACAGUUGGGGAGUCCCAGGUGCCGGCUCCCCUGCACGCAUGCAACCCCCACAGCCUGAGGAGGAAGUGAUGGAGCCGGAGUAG